AUGGGCUGCUGCUUCAGCUCCACCCCCUCCCCCAAACCCAAGCAUCCACCGCACCAAGCGUCCCUAAAACGCCGCCAUUCACCCCUUCAAUCUCCCAUUUUACAGUCUCACAAAACCCUUUCUCCUCCUCAAGAAGAUGAUGAAGAAGAAGCUGUUAUAAAAGAAGUAUUGGUGCUUUCAGAAACACCCAAACUACCCCACGAUGACCAACAAGAGAAUAACACUCAAACUCCUCCGCCCCUCCCGCCGCAGCCGCCCAAAACCGAAACACCGGUUUCCCAUCCGAUCAAGCAAAAACAACAACAACAAGAAGAAGAGCCAGAGAAAGAGGAAGAAACCUCUCAUAUCUCUCAACAAUCGGAGAUUUACAGCGUCUCUGAAACCAUAACGACGACGACGACGACAGCAACGGAAUGGCUUAACGAAGAUGAAGCAACGAGCAAAGUCAACAGCCAACUCAAACACAAGACUACAGCAAAGGCAAUCAAAAAACGACCCAGUCCCACCAAUGGAGACUCAACCAGUGUCCGAGCCAGAAGAGAAAGCGCCCGUGGUCGAGGACAGGGAUUAACUGCGGCAAGAACUGUGCAACGUAACGUGGGAUCCAGGUCCAGGUCACCCGGAACCGGAAGAGCCGGUGCCGUCGGGAAGAGUGCCGCGACGGCGACCGAAAAAACCGAUAAUAAGACAACUAGCGCGACGGUGGAGGGGCAGAGUAAGAGAGAGGAAGAUUGGAAAAACGACGUUUCGGAGCAGCAGGGCAGUGAGUCAAUCGAGAACCCCCAUGUUUCUUUAGAGUGCUUCAUCUUUUUAUGA